AAGGAGACAGGAGGAGUUCCUGGGGCUUAAAAGAAAUAACAAAAGGACUCCACACUCACCGACAGUCAAUUGUCAGUCAGAAGAAGGAGGAACUGGAGAGGGAGGGUAAAGUUGGAGCAUUCAAGCAAGAGAGAGAGGGAGCGGGAAGGCGGAUGGGCGAGCAAGCGAGAGGGGGAGGCACAAGCCCACACAUCUCGUCUUCGCUCUCGGUUGGUCGACUCAUCCUUGCACACAGGAGCCAGUCUGCGCUGGAAUACAGUGGAGUGCUGGAAAUAGCCUGAAUGGACUGCGAAGGCUGGGAUUUCUGCAGGGCGCCUUAGCAGAACGGAGCAGCGCGGAGCUACCUGCCGGGGAGGUGUUGCACUGUCAUUCUUACCCUGCCGUACAUCCUGCUGGUGAUUGCCGAGGCUGCUGCGUCAGCUCUCGCUCUUCUGUAAACAUCUGCACGCUUCUGUGUGCGCCUGUACGUGAGCAGCAUGUUAACAGGACUGCAAAAGUGGAGGGAAAACAAUUCUGGCUUUCCUCUUUCCCUGCGGUGAGGGUAGUAAGGUGUGCCAGCACUUCACCACAUCUCGCUCUACCUGGUCUCCCUUCGCUUUGCACAUCUCGUUUUCUCAGGAAAGGAGAAACAUAGCAGAUAAGCGUUGGCACCGGUUCCCUCAGAGUUACGAGGAAGCCUGGAAGACGGCGCAGCUGUCGAAGAGCUUGGUGAAGCACCCAGUUCUUUCAUGCUGCCUUUGAGGGGACACACCAAUAUUGUGGAGAUGUCAGUGAACCCAUUAACCUGUCACAGAAGACACUGAGCCAUGGGUAACGUAGAGAGUCAGAAUGGGGACCACGUCUUCUUUGGGGACGAGCUCGGGCACCUGUCCCGCAAGCACAUGUCCCGGUCCCUGCGCAUCUCCAGUAAGCAGUCACGUCGGCUGCGGCACGCCUCCACGGGCAAGGCAGAGCACCGCAACUCUGAGACUAGCACACGCUCCAGCAGCACGCCCAGCAUCCCCCAAUCCUUGGCUGACAACGGGCUGGAACCGUUUAACGAGACGGACGUCUUGGGUGGCUUUGGCAGCCCCAUCUGGGUGGACCGUGUGGUCAUGAACUUGAGGCCCAUGUCUUUCCACCACCAACAGCCAACCGACUCCAUCGCAAGCACCACCGAGGCUCUGAUUCCAACUUCGAACCCAGAUGCCCAGCUGCCUGAUGAAGCCUCCUACCUGCAGAGGGUAAUCGACGGGCCACGGGAGGGGGGUGGUGGCAGCAGUUUCAAGAAGAAGCGGUCCAAGUCUGCUGACAUGUGGCGCGAGGACAGCCUGGAGUUCUCCCUGUCCGACCUCAGCCAAGAGCACCUUACCAGCACAGAGGAGAUCAUUGACACUGCCGACGAAAAAGACUUGACCGAUGGGGAUGGGCAGCAGCCAUCCAGUCCUCCGUCAGGUGAGGAGCAACCAUCCCCAGGUGACCGUGCCAGCUCCCUAGACCGGCUGUGCAGCCAGAGAAGUCCCACCCUGCGACCACCACGCCACCGCCUUACCAAGCACAGCCAGGACGCGGGUGAAGAUAGCAAUGGGACGAUGCUGAUACCUGCUGAUGAUGGAAAUGCAUAUGGGGCUUAUACCCUGCCCUGCCGCCGAUCACACUGCCUGUCCGAGGGUCUACCCAGUCAGCAGGUGGCGCUGUGCGUUGGCAUGCAGGUGCGCCGAGCACAAACCACAAAUGAUGUGACGACAGGGGAAGGCAGCGAGUACGGUGACAGUGGCAUAGAUGGUGUGGUGGUGGAAGCAGAGGUGGAGCCCCAGCAGCGGCGCUGCAAGGCCAUGUCUGCCUCCUUCUCGGUUUACUCGGCUGCCGGCAGCAGUAUGUUCGCAGGGAGUGACAGUGGCAGCAGCAGCGGAGGUGGAGCGGGGACAGGGGGCGUGUACGAGAACUUCCGGCAGGAGCUGGAGAUGAGCACGUGUCGUGCUUUAGAGUGCACCGAGGAGGCAGGUUCAGCCGCCAGUGAUGAGCAGAGCAGUGGUACCCUGAGCUCCGCCUACCAGUCAGAUGCCCUGCUUAGCACCGCCCAGGGCACCGUGCGUAAGGCCGGCGCGCUUGCCGUCAAGAACUUCCUGGUGCACAAGAAGAACAAGAAGGUGGAGCCGGCCACACGGCGCAAGUGGAAGCGCUAUUGGGUCUCCUUGAAAGGCUGCACCUUGUUUUUCUACGAGACGGAUGGGCGUUCCGGGAUUGACCACAACAGUGUCCCCAAGCAUGCCGUAUGGGCUGAGAACAGCAUCGUCCAGGCGGUGCCUGAGCAUCCCAAAAAAGACUUUGUGUUCUGCUUGAGCAACUCUCUGGGGGAUGCCUUUCUUUUUCAGACUUCUAGCCAAACAGAGCUUGAUAACUGGAUUACGGCCAUCCACUCAGCCUGCGCUGCAGCGCUUGCCCGCCAGCACCACCGCGAAGACACCGUACGCCUACUGCGCUCCGAAAUCAAGAAGCUGGAACAAAAGAUCGACAUGGACGAAAAGAUGAAGAAGAUGGGUGACAUGCAACUAUCCACUGUCACUGAUGCCAAGAAGAGGAAGACCAUCCUGGAGCAGAUCUUCCUUUGGGAGCAGAACCUGGAGCAAUUCCAUAUGGACCUCUUCCGGUUCCGCUGUUACCUAGCCAGCCUGCAGGGUGGCGAGCUCCCCAAUCCCAAACGCCUACUGGCCUUUGCUUCACGUCCCACCAAGGUGGUCAUGGGCCGCCUGGGCAUCUUCUCUGUCUCAUCCUUCCAUGCACUGGUGGCGGCCCGCACAGAGAGCGGUGUGCGGCGGAGGACGCAGGCCUUGUCCCGCUCAUCCAGCAAGCGAAAGAGCAGGUUCUCCUCUCUCUGGGGGCUGGACACCGUAUCAAAGAAGAAGACAAAAGGACGACCCAGCAUCAAUCAGGUGUUUGUAGAUGGUGAGGAACCAACAAAGAAGAAUGUGGACUGUGUGUCGGACUCACCCAGCGAUAGCGCGAAGGAUAAGGAAGGCUCCAUGAAAAGCAUCCCUCAGAACAAUGCAGACAGCGACAUCUGGGUUCCGGAAUAUCUCACGCCUUCCUGGGUAUGCCUGCCCAACGACAAGCCAGUGCUGGCGGUCGUCCACCCCGGAGAGACCGCUCUUGAUACGCUGGAGAACGUCUGCAAGGGUCACCAGCUGGAUCCUGCAAAGCACUAUCUACGCUUGAAGUUUUUCAUCGACAAACAAGAGCUCUUCUACAUUCCUAAGCCUGAUGAAGACGUCUCUGACCUGCUCUUCCAGGAGAUUGAAAUUUGCUCAAGAACGACAAAGGUCAUUCAGUUUGACCGGGAUGAGACGUGCACUAUUGGCUAUGGUUUCUCCAUCUCUGUGCUGGAGGAGGAUGGUGUUCAGCAACUCCAUGUCACCGAUGUCAAGGCUGGGGGCCUGGCUUUUGCCCGAGGUCUGAGGGCUGGCGAUGAGAUCCUGCAGCUAAACAGCAAGGAUGCCAGUAGCCUGGGUGUGUCGGACAUGCGAACAGCGUUCGGUCAGUCUUCGCUCUCCCUGACCGUCAGCACGCUGCCUGCUGUGGAACGCCAGCAACUGUGCCACCAGCCACCGCGGCGUUCUGAUGGGGAGGAGCUCCUCACUGACAUUUUCUCCCAGAGCCAGGAGGACAUUUUGGAUGACAGAGCGGCACUGGGCUUCGGGAGCUCCGGGGACAGCCUUGAUGGUGAAUCCGAGUUCUCCGGUGAUGCAGAAGAGGAACUCAAGAGCACAGAGCAGGCUGCUGCCUUCUGCCGCAGCCUUCAUGACAUGAGCUCCUUGGAGUCCUCGUCCUCUCCGAGCCUGGAUGUGGCUCCGCCCCUCCCACCAACCGCCACACCACGCCAGCUCUCUGAUGCUGACAAGCUCCGCAAGGUCAUCGGCGAGCUGGUGGAGACUGAGAGGACCUAUGUCAAAGAUCUGAAUUGCCUUAUGGAGCGGUACCUCACGCCUCUGCAGAAGGAAAGCUUCCUUACCCAGGAUGAACUGGAUGUACUAUUUGGGAAUCUGCCUGAGAUGGUUGAAUUCCAGCUGGAGUUUCUGAAGACCCUGGAAGAUGGAACCAGACUGGUUCCUGAUCUAGAGACACUUGAGACAGUGGUUCAGUUUAAGAAAGUGCUCUUCUCCCUGGGUGGCUCCUUCCUAUACUAUGCUGAUCGCUUCAAGAUCUACAGCGCAUUUUGUGCCAGCCACACCAAGGUUCCCAAGGUGCUCGUGAAAGCAAAGACAGACCCUGAAUUCAAAGCCUUCCUGGAUGCACGAAAUCCCAAGCAGCAGCACUCCUCCACCUUGGAGUCGUACCUUAUCAAGCCCAUUCAGCGGGUCCUCAAGUACCCUCUGCUUCUCAGGGAGCUCCACUCCCUCACUGACCCCGACAGUGAGGAACAUUACCACCUGGAUGUGGCCAUGAAAGCCAUGAACAAGGUAGCUAGCCACAUCAACGAAAUGCAGAAAAUUCACGAGGAGUAUGGUGCUGUGUUUGACCAACUAAUCGCAGAGCAGACUGGAGACAAGAAAGAGGUUGUGGACCUCUCAAUGGGAGACCUCCUGCUCCAUACUUCCGUGGCCUGGAUGAACCCCCCCUCCUCCCUGGGGAAGUUGAAGAAAGACCCAGAGCUCAUUGCAUUUGUCUUCAAAACUGCGGUUGUGUUUGUAUAUAAAGACUGCUCCAAGCAAAAGAGGAAAAUAGGUGCAUCGCAUCGCACUUCAGUCUUUGAUGAGAAGGAUCCCUUCCGCUUCCGGCACAUGAUCUCCACUGAUGCUCUCCAGGUUCGCGCCCUGACAACUGCAGAUUCCGAGAGCUCAGCUGUCAUUGAGAUUGUGCACGUGAGGUCAGAGUCAGAGGGUCGGCCGGAGAGAACAUUCCACCUGUGCUGCAGUUCCCCAGAGAAUAAGAAGGACUUCCUGAAGGUGGUGCACUCCAUCCUGAGGGACAAACAGCGCAGGCAGCUUCUCAAGACGGAGAGCUUGCCCCCAAACAAGCAGUAUGUCCCCUUUGGAGGCAAGCGGCUAUGUGCGCUUAAGGGGGCACGGCCUUCCAUGAACAGAGCAGUUUCUGCACCCCCUCGCACCCUGGGCCGGCGCAAGCUGGUGCACAAAUGCAUAACCAUAGACACGGACAUAGUGUUCGACAGCAACCCAAUCGGGGACCUGCCUUUACGAACUCAACGAGCCAGGUCACCAUGCCAGCUGACCCGGCCACAAGCUGUUGCCGUCUCUGCUGGUGACACAGACCGCUGGGUGGAGGAACAGUUUGACCUGCAGGGGUACGUCGACCGGGAGGAGGAUGUCAAGGAGACAGACAUCCUAAGCGAUGAUGAUGAGUAUUGCUCAUCUGUGAAGACCUCUGGACUAUCGGCAGAGCCAGGCCCCGAAAACCUUCUGGGGGCCCUGUCCCUCGGGGGGGAACUAAACAGCAGACAGGGUAUCAACAGGGUACGGGAGGAUAAGGACACCCAGAUACCCCCUGGGAGCUGCCGGUCCCAUAAGCUAACCCACCUGCGGAAGCAGUCUGCAGUGGAGGGGACAGGCAGCCAAGAGGUCAUCUGGGUCCGUAGGAACGAUGCAGGUGGCGCAAACACGGACAUCUUCUGAUGUUCGGUGGAAGAAUCAAUUCCCAGUUUAAAACCUAUAACUUUUAACUACAGACUCUGAGCACAGAUGGGCACCACAAAGCUUUGUAGUUGAAAUGCUCAGAACUGGAGUAAUACAAACUUGGACCUACUGGACCCAUCUGGCAUCACAGUGAAGCUUUGCGUUGGAGAGAGACGCUCUCUGGACAAUCAUGAUAUCUGUUCAAGUGUUGAGUCGGGCAUGAUUUGCACAUGAACUGGGGCAGCUACACUUGUCUGACUGCUGUUUGUUGCCAAAUCUCUAUUUUUAAACUUUGGAAUGUGGGUGAUUUUUUUUGCUUUUUCCUUUAGAACAUAGAGAAGUUGCGUUAUACUCAAGGGCUGUGUGUUAUUUAUUGUCCUUCAGGGGCUUUCGUAAUGGCUGUGGUAACAAUCAAACCCUACAAGUCCCCAAACCCCAUUGUUUACUGUGAUCAUACCUAUUCCUAAAGCUGUGUAUAGACAACUUAUUAUAGCACAAAUGCUUGUUUUAUUUUACAUUCCCUUCAGACACGGGUCACCUGGUGUGUAUAUUUGCCAUGUUAAGGAGGUGAGAGAAGAGAGAACUCUUCUCCAAAGAAAAAAAAGGUUCUGUUUACAUAACUCCCAACUGUCCAGUGUUAGCAUAGGCCUACUCUCUUCACAGAAGUGAAGGCAUAUUUCAUUAAUUAUAACCAAUCCUGUUUUACUUGAAUGUUUAUUUUGUUAAAAAAAAAAUAAAAAUGAGCGACAAAAACAAACGACUACUGGGCUGUGGUAUACUUUAGCUUCCUUAGGGUUUUGCCCCUGUAAAGGCACAUUAACACACUUUGUCAGUUUGUUUCAGGUCACUGGUCAUAAAAUCCUUGCACUGGCUUCAGAACACAAUUGUAACAAAUGCAACGUUAAGCACUGGCUACAAAAGGGAAGACACACUGAUGCCUUCAAUGACAAGGAUAAAACAAUACGCGCAAUUCCAUGGUCUUUCUAGACUGAUGCCGAUGAUGAUGAUGAUGAUGAUGAGGGAUGGAUUGUAAAAGAAAUAGGCAUAUCAGACCAUACGUAAAUUAUGUAAAAAUCUCAUUUUGGUGUAUGAGAUGCAAUUGCACCUUUCCAAUGAGAACAGUGUCUAUCAAAGAGGAUGGUGUGGAGACAUCAGAUAGUUUUGAGGAUUACCUUCUGCCCUACCGUAACUGUAUUUUAAAGCUAUGUACAAAGGACUGUGCAUUAAUAUUCUACUAAA